CGGGGCUCCCGUAGGCUCUGGCUCUAGUGUCAUGUUUUACCUGGCUGCUGCCGUAUCGGAUUUCUACAUCCCCAUCUCGGAGAUGCCGGAGCACAAGAUCCAGUCCUCGGAGGGGCCCCUGCAGAUCACGAUGAAGAUGGUGCCAAAAAUGCUGUCCCCUCUCGUCAAAGAAUGGGCCCCAGAGGCAUUUGUUAUUUCCUUUAAACUGGAGACGGAUCCUUUGAUCUUAAUCGAUAAAUCACGGCAGGCUCUGGAGAAAUAUCGUCACCAGGUGGUGGUAGCAAAUAUCCUGGAGUCACGAAGAACCUCUGUUAUUAUUGUAACCAAAGACUCACAGACUCCAUUAUCUCUUUCUGAUGAGGAAAUAGCACAAGGCAUGGAAAUAGAGGAAAAGAUAGUGAGCUAUCUUCAGGGCCAACAUACCGCCUUUAUAGAGAAGAAAGUCUGAGGACCUGCUCUGAAUGAAACAAGUGAAAUUGUGCUAGAGAGGGAGUGGAACUGGAGCAAUUCUCUAUCCCAGGUAAAUAAAACAGUCCUCAGUGAAACACUGCAGGGAAGGCUGCCGUCCAAAACAGUGUAACUUUUCUACAGCUCGUAAUGAUUAUUGUUGCUUGCUUUGAAAAAGAAAAAUACACUGAAGUGAAAGCAUUCCAAAGGAUGAUAUUUGUUCUGAUGUCUAAAGAAAGAGAGGAUAUAUUGCUUAACUUCUGUCCCAUGUGUUGGGAGAACCAGGAAGUGGAGAAAUGGUAUAUAUGUCUGUAUAUAAAAGAUGUUCUUGAA